UUGUCCCGAGAGACUCACACCCAACUUUUUCUUGUUCCUUCUGCUACCGACCAAAAGAAUAGACAUAUAGCUAGUUGGUUCGUCGUCGCCUCUAGCUCUACGUCAUCACCACGAACAAAAAAUCUCUGUGUAAUUUGGUACGCCUAGGGACUAGGGACAGAUAGAGAGAUGCGUUCAAGACAAAGGUGUAUAUGUAUGUACAACAAAAGCAUCGCCUGAACUAAGAGUCACCUAUUGUCAUAAUUAAACUACGAGCAUCAACAGCCGGGCUGUGUAUGUGACUUGGGCCGCAGCAAAAAUGUCGGCGUCAGCUGCAUGAUAUCCACACGGCGCACAAACGACAGAGAAAGAGAGCAGCGAAUCCGAAGCAACAGCGGCAAGGAGAUUAGCUCGCAGGAGUAGGAGAAAAGACUACCGUGCGAGCCCACUCGAGCGCAAGACCGUAAUGUCAGAAGCAUCAUUGUCGUCGUCGUCAACGACAUCCAAAGCGUCCAAAGGUAAACGCAAAGGUAACAGUACAACUGGUGCCAGCGCCUCAGAACUCCAGCAGCUGCAGAACGGAACUGUGAGCAACCUGACAAAUACCUCUUUGGAAACAAACUGUCCUAUUUGUGGCGAAACAGACAGGGCAAAACUCCGAAACUGUUCGCGUUGCAAGGUAGUGUCCUACUGCACCAAGGAGCAUCAGACUCUGGACUACAAGGCUCACAAAAAACUCUGCAUAGAAGUUGACAAGGCACAGGAUCAAGUGAAGAAGCAACAAUUAAUAAAACAAUUGUUUGUUGAGACUGUGGCUAGAGUACCAGAGCGAGGAGAACCUGUUGGAAUUGGAGCAGUCAAAAGAAUAGGUCUUGAUAAAGAUCACAAAAAAUCGAACGUCAAAAAUAAGGAAAUAAAUCAAAAUCACGCAAAUAAAUCCGAAACUACAGAAACAAAUCGAAAUCACAGAGAAGACAAAGGAAUUAAUCUCCAUAAAAAAGAGAAAGGUGAUAACAAACCACCCAUUACCCACGAGGGUAGUUCAGAAGACACAAUACUCGAGUCAAGGGAAGAGCUCUUAAAUCCUUUACAGGAUUUAAAAGUGAUAAAUAACACGGCAACAACGACAACGCCAACAAUGCCUCGAGUCCAACCACAAGUCAAUGGGAUGAAGCAUUAUUCCGAAAUACAAUUAAGUUCAGAAAAUGCAACGUUUUCACAAGACGCAGAUACUAUGGACAACAUUGACCGUGUAUGUCUUGAAAUAAUAUACGAUAUGAACACGUAUGGAGUAUGUGUGGUAGAUGAAUUUCUUGGUAGGGAAAAAGGUGAAUCAGUGCUUAAGGAAGUUUUAAAUUUACACAAUCUUGGAUUAUUUAGAGAAGGUCAGUUGGUUUCUAACAGAGCAAGCAUUAAUCAAGCAAGAACAAUACGUGGUGAUCAAAUAGCGUGGCUGGAUGGCAAAGAAAGAUACUCCCAAAACAUCGGUAUGUUGAUAUCAAAAGUGGAUGCUAUAAUAAUGAGAGCGAAUCAGAUGUGCAACAAUGGCAAAUUGGGUGAAUACACAAUUACCAGCAGAACCAAGGCAAUGGUAGCCUGUUACCCCGGUAAUGGAUCGCACUACGUCAAACACGUGGACAAUCCAAAUCGUGACGGCAGGUGUAUCACCUCCAUAUACUACCUAAACAAAAACUGGAACGCACGAACAACAGGAGGUCUUCUCAGGAUAUUCCCGGAAGGGUGGGACCAAGUGGCCAACAUCGAACCAUGUUUCGAUCGUAUACUCUUCUUUUGGUCGGAUCGUAGAAAUCCUCACGAAGUCCAGCCGGCUUUCGACACGAGAUAUGCCAUAACAUUGUGGUACUUUGACGCGGCGGAAAGAUACGAGGCCAAUCUACGACGCCAAAAAGAACAGAUGAUGAUUAGAUAUGGCUGCAGCAAGGACCAAGAAGAGCAAAUUAAUAAGUCAUGAGAUGAAAAACUUGGAGGACUAAAGGACCGUCUGGCGACUGAAUUUGAUAAAGCGACACGUCAGUUGUUUGUAUCUCUCUGUAAAUAGUGACAAACACGCACACGCGCGAGAAUCUCUCUGCUACGGCUAUGAUCGUGUGUAUACUAUUGCGAAACACGACUAGUGUUUGCAAGCGUUUAUAUGUUGCGUAUUUUCUAGACAAAAACAGUAACCCGUGAGUUUCGGGAAUGGAGGAAUUGACUAGUUCUACGAUAAUAACUCAAGCUGGAGGGUUGAAAAUAAAUAAAAUAACACAACAAAACACACUAUACAGAAACGUGCAAUAGACUAGUAUUUCGAUUUUAUCUUCUCCGUUAUUUUGUGGACUCGUUCUGUUGAGAAAGCUUCUUUGCUGGCUUCGAUUGUUGUUACGGCGAUUGGAAAGGAUCGAUCAGAGGCAACUUCCUAAAAUUUGUCGUAUCUCUUAACAGACUAAUAUUCCUAGGGUGUUAAUAUUGUCUAGAGAGUUAUGUGAUUAAAAAAAUAAUGAUGAAACAGAAUGAUUCAAUACCAAGGGUGUCAAGUGCCUCGGUAUGUUAGAAUUGUGAUACGUAACUUGGUAAUCGCUAGAAAAAUUUGUUCUGAAUUUUUCGAAAUAUUUUUGACACGCUGUAAUUUUAAGAUUGAUCGGUAGAGUCGAUUCUAUAAUUUAUGUAUCAAAACAAAUUCAAUUAAUUAUUAACCGUGCUGUUCUUAAGUGAUAAUUGCGUAUGUAAUCGUUAUAUCGAAAAAUGUACAUUAUAGCUACGGUAUUUAAAAUUUAUAAAUACGUGUUUCUGAAAAUCGCAAGGUAACUCUUAAGAAUUUAAAUGCGCAGUUUAAAAAUUUCUCAUCCUUUUACAAUUGUUGGACAUAUGUUAAAUUAGAUUUAUUUUUCUUCGUACACACAAAAAAAACUUUGAAUAAUUUUGUUUCAAUUUUAUUUGUGCAUAACGACACUCUUGUGCUUGUUUUCAAUCUCGCUAUAUAUAUAUUAGAUCUAUUCUUUUUAACGAAAUUUAUAUUAAUUUUCUUUCAAUUUUUUGUUU